AUGGCACUACUGAUGAAAUACUGGAUGUGUUUAGUUUCUGUAUCAUUGGCAGUGACAUCGAGCAGUGCUUUGGUGAGGAUCGGUCUGAAGAAGAUGCCGUCUAUCAGGGAGACGCUAAAGGAGAUGGGUGUUUCUGCAGAGCAGGUGUUGACUGAGCUGGCCCAGAUGAACACAGACGACAGCAACAACGGCACAGUUCCCACACCUCUAACCAACUACUUGGAUACUCAGUACUUUGGGGAAAUCAGCAUCGGCUCUCCGGCUCAGCAGUUCAACGUUGUGUUUGACACCGGAUCAGCCAACUUAUGGGUGCCCUCGCAAAGCUGCUCGCCUUUCUCCACAGCCUGUUUUACUCACAACAGGUAUGAUGGUUCCAAAUCCCAGACCCAUGUUGAAAAUGGCACCGGAUUUUCCAUCCAGUAUGCCUCUGGAAACGUCAGGGGAUUUCUGAGCGAGGAUGUGGUCGUGGUUGGAGGUAUUCCAGUGGUGCAGGUGUUUGCUGAAGCCACCUCCCUGUCUGCCAUGCCUUUCAUCUUUGCUAAGUUUGACGGGGUCCUUGGGAUGGGCUACCCAAAUGUGGCUAUUGAUGGCAUCACCCCGGUGUUUGACCGUAUCAUGUCUCAGCAUGUCCUAAAGGAAGAAGUGUUCUCCAUUUACUACAGCAGGGACCCAAAACACUCCCCAGGUGGAGAGCUAGUCCUCGGGGGCACAGAUCCAAACUACUACACUGGCAGCUUUAACUACGUGGACACCAGAGAGAUGGGCAAGUGGGAAGUUACCAUGAAAGGUGUCUCUGUCGGGGCGGUGAUGAUGUUUUGCACUGAGGGCUGUACAGCUGUGAUCGACACGGGCUCCUCCUACAUCACAGGCCCGGCCUCCUCUGUGUCUUUGCUGAUGAAAACCAUUGGAGCACAGCUGGAUGAAAGUGGAUACAAAGUUAACUGUGACAUUGUCAAGACGCUGCCCACUGUCACGUUUCACCUGGGUGGUCAGGAGUACUCGCUCACUCAGGAGGAUUAUAUCUUGUGGCAAGCACAGAUCGAAGGGGACGUCUGCACCGUCACCUUCAGGGGUUUGGACGUCCCGCCUCCUACAGGUCCUAUCUGGAUUUUGGGAGCCAACUUUAUCUCCCGCUUCUACACAGAGUUUGACCGUCGCAACAAUCGGAUAGGGUUCGCUACAGCAGUCUGACAAUAACUGAAACAUCAGCUGUGCUGUUCUGUUUUCUCUAGUUCUCUAACUUUGCUGCUAUCUUUGCAUUGUCAAGCCAUCACUACAGUUACUUUUUCUGAUCAAAAUUCAUGUUUGUCAAAGAUCACAAGUGCUCACUAAGAGAUAUCAUUCUCCUGCUUUGUUUGCAUUCUCUACUUUC